GAUCACGUGGCGCCGCCCCAGUCAGCUGAGGGUCACGUGGCGCGGCGGCCGGCCGGCUCCGGGUCUCCGCGGCUCACGAUGCGCGGCGGGCAGGGCACGACGCGGGCUCCGGUGCUCCAGUUCACCAACUGCCGCAUCCUGCGUGGUGGCGCGCUGCUCAGGGAGGACCUGUGGGUGCGUGAGGGCCGCAUCUUGGACCCCGAGAAGCUGUUCUUCGACGAGCGGCGCGUGGCCGACGAGCAGCGGGACUGCGGGGGCUGCAUCCUGGCGCCAGGUUUCAUCGACGUGCAGAUCAACGGUGGAUUUGGUGUCGACUUCUCCAAGACCACGGAGAAUGUGGGUUCGGGGGUUGCCCUGGUGGCCCAGAGGAUCCUGUCCCACGGUGUCACCUCUUUCUGCCCCACCCUGGUCACUUCCCCACCAGAGAUUUAUCAUAAGGUCCUUCCUCAGAUCCCCGUGAAGAGUGGUGGUCCCCAUGGGGCAGGGGUCCUCGGGGUGCACCUAGAGGGCAUUCAUCAGCCGGAGAAGCGGGGCGCGCACCCCGAGGCCCACCUCCGCUCCUUUGAGGCACGUGCCUUCCCAUGAUGUGUGGCCAAGUAUGGUCCCCUGGACAAUGUCCGCAUUGUGACGCUGGCCCCUGAACUGGGCCGCAGCCAUGAAGUGAUCCAGGCCCUGACAGCAGGCAUCUGCGUUUCCCUAGGGCAUUCGGUGGCUGACCUCCAGGCUGCAGAGGAAGCAGUUCAGAGUGGGGCCACUUUCAUCACCCACCUCUUCAAUGCCAUGCUGCCUUUCCACCACCGUGACCCUGGCAUCGUGGGGCUCCUGACCAGUGACCGGCUGCCCCCUGGGCGCUGCAUAUUCUACGGGAUGAUUGCCGAUGGCAUACACACCAACCCUGCAGCCCUGCGCAUUGCCUACCGGGCCCAUCCCAGAGGGCUGGUGCUAGUCACCGAUGCUGUCCCUGCCCUGGGCUUGGGCAAUGGCCGCCCACACACUAGGACAGCAGGACGUGGAGUGGAUGGGUUGACGGCUUACGUAGCAGGCACCAAGACGCUGUGUGGCAGCAUAAGCCCAAUGGAUGUCUGCGUCCGACAUUUUCUGCAGGCCACAGGUCAGUGGGGCUGCAGUGUGGAGGCAGCCCUGGAGGCUGCGUCCCUGCACCGCCAGCUGCGGGGGCUGGAGAAGAGCAAGGGGAGCCUGGACUUUGGUGCUGAUGCAGACUUUGUGGUGCUUGAUGACACCCUCCGAGUCCAGGCCACCUACAUCUCUGGUGAGCUGGUGUGGCAGGCGGAGGAAGCCAGGCUAUAACCAAGGACUUCGACUGGAGAGGAUGCCCGGCCCCAGCUGGACACUGACAUGGCGGGCAGUCGGGGGAGCUGGUCUCCAGAGAGCAAGUUGGGACCCCCCCCUCCAGGUGGGCCCUCCCAGAGCCUCAAGUGACCUGGAGGCAGUGGCUUGGAUAAAUGUGCAGCCAGCAGGACUUACCUUGUCUCUGGGUGUUGCUUGCAGGGCUGCUUUAUCCUGGGCUUCAUUCGAGGGUGUUGUGUCGUGGGGCCAGGAAUGGUUGGGUUCCUUCUGGGGCCCCUGUUAGGCUGGAACUGUGGAGGUCUGCAGACCCACAGGAAGAUAGAGUUGGAAGUGAGGAGGGAACCCUUCAGUGUGGCAGGUGGAGUGGAAUCACGGCUGUGGUUGGAGCACUGCAGGAAGGAGCUGGGACAGUGAUUGGUGAAUGACUUCGAAAGUUUACUCACUAGGGCUGAGGGAGAUAGCUCAGCUGGUAGAGUGCUUGCCUUGCAAGCACAAGGCCCUGAGUUCCAUCCUGGUACCACAAAAAAAAAAAAAAAAAAAAAAAAAAAAAAGGAAGUUUACUCACUGCUCCUGAGCUGGGGUCAGCAGAGGGGAGGCCUGAGGCCCAGUUCUGGACCUGGGCACAGGUCCAGGCCUUCUGUUGAGACCUUCAUGAGGGUUGUCCACGUGGCCUUGGGACCCCAGGUCACCCAGCACUGAAGUGGCAGGAAGCAGUACCCGAGGCCCCUACACAGGCCAGGACCCUCAGCUAACUGUCUCUGGCCUGCUACUUGACGUUAGUCCCAAUCACCUAGCAUCCUUGUGCUUAGUCACUGUUCCACUUCUCUCUGCAUCAUAGCCGAGCAGCCCCUAUAUCCCCAACCUGCCUCUGGUGGCCGAUUGCUCCUAGUGAGCCUGACAACCUUCCCCAUGCCCACCAUAGUUGCCCACCUGCCUGGUGCUGGUGGGUAGCUCAGUGUCUCAACCCACUGUUCUGGGCCCUGCAACUCUGCUUGCUUCUUUAAUGUUUGCUUGGGCAGCACAUUCCAGGUGGCUUCCUAAAUUGCGGUAUCAUCAUGGGCCAUCAGACCUCUCUGGAUAGCUUUGAGGUGGCAGGCUUUGGGGGCCCUUCUGGCUCUGAGGAUAGCUGUGACCUGGGGGGGGGGGACCUGGAAGUGGUGUCUUGACUUCCUCCCAUUUGGGUCCUGGAGUAGGUGACCUCCAGACCCUUUUAUGUGAUAAGACUACUCCUUGGUGCAGAAGGUUGCAGAGAAAUGUGCCACGAUGCUGUUGUACAUUGCUCCCAAUAAAGACACUGUCUCCAGGCCCCACAGCCACAGAGCCAGUUCAUGGGCCUCCACCUCGGCUGCAGGGCAAACAG